AUGACCCCUCCCCUCUCCCAGCCCUCUAUCCCAACUCACACGCCCAGCGCUCUUGGCACGGCCCUCGACUGGCCUGACGCGAAGAAGAACGCCCAGCAGGUCCGCGAGUGGGGCAUCAAGCAACUUCUCGAAAUCUGGAACAAAGCCAAGGGUAAAGAGCGCGAUGCCAUGCUCUGGGGCGACGAGGUCGAGUACCUCGUCGUGACCUACACCCAGGACGACCCCAAAGUCCGUCUGUCCCUGCGGCAGGCCGAGAUUCUGACCGCCCUCGCCGCGAGCCCCGAGCUCGCCGAAGGCGGCGGCGGCGUGCCUGAACUUCAGGAUGAUCAUGGCGCUGAUGCGGCGGCCGCCAACGGCGACGAGCCCGCCGCCAAGCGCCGUCGCGUCGCCUCGAACGACCCCGGAGCCUCAAACGGCGCUUCCGCCGCUGGCAGCGCAAAGCCUACCCUGCCCCUCCGUCGCCGCAUUGCCAAGGACCACAUGCGUCCCGACGAGUACCCAAUCACCCUGACCACCUUUCCCCGUAUUGGGUGCCCCGGUGACUUCACAGCACCCCAUUACCCCCCGUCCGGCCCCCGCUUGCGCUCCCAGUUUGUUCCUGACGAGAUCGCCAACCCACACAUACGCUUCCCUACGCUCGCCGCCAACAUUCGCUGGCGGCGCGGAAGGAAGGUCCAGGUCAACGUCCCGGUCUUCCACGAUCGCGAUACUCCCAUUCCCUGGAAAGACCCGACUGUAAACCGAGAUCUCCAUCUCUGGCCUGAGGACGAGGACGUACGUACCGGUGGUGCGGCCCCCGACGACUUCAUCCACAUGGACGCCAUGGCCUUCGGCAUGGGCAGCUGCUGUCUCCAGAUCACCUUUCAGGCCAAGAACAUUACCGAGGGUCGCAAGAUGUAUGAUCAGCUAAGCCCGCUCGGUCCCAUCAUGCUUGCGCUCACUGCUGCUACCCCCAUCUACAAGGGCUUCCUUGCCGCCACCGACGUUCGCUGGAACCAGAUCAGUCGUGCCGUUGACGACCGCACGCCUGAGGAGCUCGGUGAGAGGCCUUUGGAAAAUGACCGCUGGCGCAUCACCAAGUCUCGCUUCGCCUCGAACUCGACCUACAUAUCUACAGACCCCCGCUUGCGUCCCGAAUACAUGGACCCGAACCUCGUUGUUGACGAGGACAUCAAGGCCCAGCUCCUCGAAGGCGGCAUGGACGACCUUCUCGCCACCCACUUUGCACACCUGUUCAUACGCGACCCCAUCGUCAUCUUCCAAGAGGACCUCGAAGAGCUUGAUCUUAACAAGACGGAUCACUUUGAGAACCUGCAAUCCACGAAUUGGCAGCACAUGCGUUUCAAACCGCCACCCGCCGACAACAGUAUCGGCUGGCGUGUCGAGUUCCGGCCCAUGGAGAUCCAGGUGACUGACUUUGAGAACGCAGCUUUUUCCGUCUUCAUGGUGCUGGUAACCCGCGCCAUACUAUCCUUUGACCUCAACUUCUACAUACCCAUUACCCGGGUGGAUGAGAAUAUGGAACGCGCCCACGCCGUCGACGCUGUUCUCAAGGAGCGGUUCUGCUUCCGUCGCAACCCGUUUCCCGCGCGUCGCGCCCGCGGUCUGAAUGGCGAAGGUGAAGCGUCCUCUCGACCCGGUUCGCGUCCGGGAUCACGUGCUCCAAGUCGAGCGCCGAGCCGGCCUGCCACGCCGGUGGGUGCCGUCGAGGAUGAGUACACGGAAAUGACGGUCGACGAAAUCAUCAAUGGCUGUCAUGAUGAUGGUUUCCCCGGACUCAUUCCCAUCGUCGAGAGCUAUCUCGACAGCGUCAACGUCGACGUCCAGAUUCGCUUCAGCUUGAUACCUACCUUCGCCUCAUCAGCCAGCAAUAACAGAGUCAACACCCACCUGCCGUUCUGCAACAAGGUCUCGGAACAUGAGGAUGCCGUUGAUUGCGUGCCAAGCACGGAUGCUACCGGUUUCUGA